AUCCACGUUUCUUCCCUCUAUAAAACUUGGGUUUCUUCCUGCCUGUGGAAUCAGAGCUCAAGCAAUUCCAUAAAGACAUGAAGAUGAGGAUUUCUUGGUAUGUCUUUUGCUUUUCUUUGCUCUUCUGCGCACUGCUUGGGGACAGUUUUGGAGUUGCGUUUGUGCCCAAAGACAAACGUGGUUGGACCCUGAACAGUGCUGGAUACCUGCUGGGACCCCAUGCCCACCAGACGUUGCCUGAUAAAGGAUCCUUGGCUGGGAAGCGAGAUGUAGCCGAGGACUUGUACUCUGUGGGUCAGGAGUCUGUGGCACCUGUUCUGCAACCUUCUGACUACAGCAUCCUCCAGACGCUGAUGGAUUUUCUCUCCUACCUGAAUCUCCGAGAUCAAAGAGUGAUUGGACACCUGCCCCUUCAGAUGUCGGAAGAAUCGAUGCAAUAGUAGUGUUCUUCAGCCAGCUCCUUCUAGAACUGCUUGUAGCAUUGCAGUUCGUUCUUUGUUUCACACACGCAAGUGUGGGUCAGAUCCUUUGUUGUGUUUUUCCUGCUGCUCAUUUAUUCAGCAAUUUGCUCAAAAGAAUCCACUUCUAAUCUAGCUAAUCCUCCUGGUGACCCUUUAGCUAAAGCUGCCAUUUACUCUGUACUUUAUUCUCUUGCACAGCCCCCAUAAUCCUCCUUCUUGGGGUACAUUCUUAUUCUUUUCCCCAAUGCAAACACCUACAGGAUACGCAACAAUACUGUACUUUCAUCUCCUCUUAUAGCUUCAUGUUUUUAACAGACAUUGGCACACUUCUUUGGGAUCUGUGUUUUUGUUCCUUUAUGAGAAGGUCACAAAUUGGGGUCUAGAGCAUGCUGAAGGUACCUGUAGAAGAAUGUUUCCCAACCUUAGCGACUUUAAGAUGUGUGGACUUCAACUCCCAGAAUUCCCAGCCAGCAUGGGCAACAUUUGUGUAUCACGAUUCAAUAAGGAAAAGGCUGUGUAAACUGUCUACUGAAUAAAU